UUAAUGAGAUUAGGGUUCACAUGCUCCACUCAGAGCUGCUCCACUUCACACACACUGCUCUCCAAACUGCUCAUUAUUUACGCACAGAUAAAGAUCGUCCACUCCUCCUGCACUGAGUGACCCCCUCUCGGGGUUAUUCAGGGCAGAAAUGAACACUCACAGUCAGAUCCGUCUCCUGCUUUGGAAAAACUGGACGCUGAGGAAGAGACAGAAAAUUCGGUUCUUGGUGGAGAUCCUGUGGCCCGUCUUUCUGUUUGCUGGACUCGUGUGGCUCAGGAGAGCGAAUCCUCUUUACCAACAACACGAGUGUCAUUUUCCUAACAAGGCCAUGCCUUCAGCUGGAAUUCUGCCCUGGAUUCAGGGAAUCUUUUGCAAUGUGAACAAUCCAUGUUUCCAGCACACCACUCCUGGAGAAUCUCCGGGAAUCGUGUCCAAUUACAACAAAUCCAUACUGGCUCGGUUUUACGCUGAUGUUCAGGAGCUGCUAUUGAAUGACGCUGAGGUUCAGCAGUCGGGGCGACUCUGGCAGGAAGCUUCUGAUUUCAGCAACUUCAUGGACACACUGAGGAACGACCCAAGCAGAGCAACAGGGAGAGGACUGAAGAUCGAGGACAUCCUGAAGGACGACGAGACUCUGACCUCAUUUCUGCUAAGGGACACCAGUCUGUCUGACUCUGUGGUCCAUCAGCUCACAAACGCACGAGUGCGGGUCGAACAGUUUGUGUAUGGAGUACCUGAUCUGACCCUGCAGGAGAUCUCCUGCAGUCAGGUUCUUCUCGAGCGCUUCCUCUUGUUCCCGAGUCGGCGUGGAGUUCACAGUGUUCGGAAUGCCAUGUGCUCUCUCACGCCGCAGACACUGCAGAAGAUCGAAGACAAACUUUACGCAAACAUCGACUUCUUCAAACUCUUCAGACUGUUGCCCAUGGUGUUAGAUAAUCACUCCAGUGGAGUCGACCUGCACUUCUGGGCUGUUUUCUCAGCAGUGUCUGAGAAGCUGCAGCAGUUAUUGAGCAGGCCGAGUUUUCGAGCGCUGUCCGUGGUUCUGCGGCGUGUGUUUGAGGAAAACGUUCCCCCGUCCUUUAGUCAGUUCGUCUCUCUGGUGUCGGAUCUGUUCUGUGGGUACGAGUCUAAAGACAACACUCGAGUUCUUUCCUUCAACUGGUACGAAGACAACAACUUCAGAGUUUUCCUGGGAAUCAACACCUCACACACACUCAGCGGGUACACGUACGAUCACAUGGCCUCUCCGUUCUGUAACACUGUAAUGCAGAAUCUGGAGUCGAAUCCAGUCACUAAAAUCGUGUGGAAUUCAGUGAAGCCUCUUGUAAUGGGUAAAAUCCUGUACACACCCGACUCUCCUGCUGUACACAAGAUACUGAAGAGUGCUAACAGCACCUUUGAGGAGUUGGAGCGAUUAAUAAACAUAGUGAAGGCGUGGGAUGAAGUGGCUCCGCAAAUCUGGCAUUUCUUUCAAGACAGCAUUCAGAUGAAAAUGAUUCGGGACACACUGAGGAACCCAACGGUGAUGGAUUUUCUGGACCGUCAUCUGGAGGAGACAGACUUCACCACCAAACACAUUCUCAACUUCCUCCAUGACGGUUGCCAUAGAGACCGGUACGAGGAAAUGCCUGACUUUGAUUGGAGAAACGUUUUCAACCUGACCGACCAAAUCCUGCGUACCUUUAUCCAGUACAGCGAGUGUAUCAACCUGGAUAAGUUUGUAGCCCAUGUGGAUGAGGAUCAGAUGAGCCACCAGGCUCUGUACCUGCUGCAGGAGAAUAAGUUCUGGGCAGGUGUGGUGUUUUUGGACAUGUACCCAUGGAGCACCGAGCUGCCGAGACACGUCACAUAUAAAAUCCGCAUGGACAUCGAUGCUGUGGAGCGGACCAACAAGAUCAAGGACAGGUACUGGGACCCUGGGCCGAGGGCGGAUCCGGUGGAGGAUCUGCGUUAUAUAUGGGGAGGGUUUGCGUAUCUGCAGGACAUGAUAGAGCAUGGCAUCCUGAAGCUCCUGAGCGAUCCUCACACCCCGCUCGGGGUUUACCUGCAGCAGACUCCAUACCCCUGCUACGUGGAUGACAUGUUCAUGCUGACGCUGAACCGCUGCUUCCCGAUUUUCAUGGUGCUGGCAUGGGUCUACUCCGUGUCCAUGAUAGUGAAGAGCAUUGUGCUGGAGAAGGAGCUCCGGCUGAAGGACACGCUGAAGGUCAUGGGUGUGACCAACGGCGUGAUCUGGUGCACAUGGUUCAUCGACAGCUUUCUGAUGAUGACCCUCAGCACGACUCUGCUAACCUUCAUCAUCAUGACUGGAAACGUACUGAACUACAGCAAUCCCAUGAUCCUCUUCUUCUUCCUGUUGACCUUCACCACAGCCACAAUUAUGCAGUGUUUUCUGAUGAGUGUGUUCUUCAACAAGGCUAAUUUAGCAGCAGCCUGCAGCGGCAUCGUUUACUUUACCCUCUACCUGCCCCACAUCCUGUGUUUCGCCUGGCAGGACAGACUCACCUCCAACAUCAAACUCGCUGUCAGUUUGCUGUCUCCAGUGGCGUUUGGUUUUGGGACUGAAUAUUUAUCCCGCUAUGAGGAGCAGGGCCUGGGGCUUCAGUGGGACAACAUCAGCACCAGUCCACUAGAGGGCGAUGAAUUCUCCUUCCUCAACUCCAUCUGCAUGAUGCUGUUUGACUCGUUUUUUUAUGGCGUGUUAGCCUGGUACCUCGAUAACGUUUUCCCAGGUCAGUACGGAAUCGGAAAAUCUUUUUAUUUUCCCCUCCAGACGUCCUACUGGAAGAGUGCACAGCGCCCCCACACUCAGGGUGAUACAGCUCCUGAAAAACCUCCGAUAGAAAACCAGGAGAUGAAAAAGGAGGAGGUUCAUCCUGCUGAGACCACCACUGAGCCCCCAGUGCAGAAUAGCAGCUCUUCUUUCAGGACGUGUAAACACCAGGAAAAGAGGGAGAUGAUGGAGAGAGAGAGAAGAGAGAAGAGGGAGGAGGAAGUUCUGAAUCCCCAUGAGGAGGAGAGACAGGCAGAGCACACAGGAAACCUGUUGUUCGAGGCAGAGCCUGAGGGGUUGGAGGUUGGCGUGUGUGUGAAGGAGCUUGUGAAGGUUUAUCCUGGAAGUUCACGUCCAGCUGUCAAUGCUCUCAGUAUAAACUUCUAUGAAGGACAGAUCACCUCAUUUCUGGGGCACAACGGAGCAGGAAAGACCACCACACUCUCCAUACUGACUGGUCUGCUUCCUCCCACGUCUGGGACGGCCUUCAUCAGCGGGAAGGACAUUCGAUCAGACAUGGAUGAGAUCAGACAGUCACUGGGCGUGUGUCCUCAGUACAACAUCCUGUUUAAUCACUUGACGGUGGAGGAACACAUCCUCUUCUACUCACUACUAAAGGGCCGAGAACGUAAAGAAGCUGAACAGGAGUUGGAGAACAUGCUGCAGGAUCUGGAUUUACCACACAAACGAUACGAUGAAGCUCAAAAUCUCUCCGGUGGGAUGCAGAGGAAGCUGUCGGUUGCCAUGGCAUUUGUUGGAGGUUCUAAGGUGGUAAUUUUGGACGAGCCCACUUCAGGAGUUGACCCCUACUCCAGACGCUCCAUCUGGGAUUUACUCCUUAAGUUCCGCACAGGCCGGACGGUCAUUCUCUCCACCCACCACAUGGAUGAAGCUGAUCUUCUCAGUGAUCGAGUGGCGAUUAUUUCAAAAGGUCACCUGCACUGCUGCGGUUCUCCUCUCUUCCUGAAGAACUGCUUCGGUGUUGGAUUUUAUCUCACACUUGUCCGCCGUAUUAAAGACGUCCGCAAAAAAGAGUGUGACUGUGCGUCUGAAUGUUCCUGUAUGUGUUCCACCUGCACCAGGUAUAAAGAGGAGAGUCAGACACAGCAGAUCGACAGGAGUCUAGACGGUGAUGUGGAGAACAUCACCAGUCUUAUCCACCAUCACGUUCCUGAGGCAAGGCUGAUUGAGGUGAUCGGACAGGAGCUGACUUACCUUCUGCCUAAUAAAGGGUUUAAACACCGCUCCUACGCCAGCCUGUUCCGAGAGCUGGAGGAGACCCUCGGAGACAUCGGCCUGAGCAGCUUCGGCAUCACAGACACAUCGCUGGAGGAGAUCUUCCUGAAGGUUACUGCAGAUGGAGAGGCGGCUAACGGCAGUGUUAACCCAGAGCAGUGGAUGUUGCAGAGGAGAAAAAGCAGCAGUUUGUUGAGAGGAAAUAAAAAAUCUGUGGCUCCUGAAGCAGUAGGAAAGGAGAACAGCAUGCAGGAGAACAGCGCGCAGAAGAACGGCGUGCAGAAGAACGGCGUGCAGGAGAACGACGUGCAGGAGAAGGACAUGCAGGAGAAGGACGUGCAGGAGAAGGACGUGCAGGAGAAGGAUGUGGUGGGUGGAGACUCAGAGAGCAGGGCAGGAAAAGGCUCGAGGCAGGUGAAAGGUUUCAGUCUGGUGAUAAAACAGUUUCACGCUUUAUUGGUGAAGAGAUUUCAUCACUCCACACGCAGCUCCAAGGACUUUCUCGCUCAGAUUGUUCUGCCAGCGAGCUUUGUGUUAGUGGCUCUGUUCUUCACCCUGAUCGUUCCCCCGUUUGGAGAGUACCCGAGUCUCACGCUCACGCCGUGGAUGUACGGACAGCAGUUCACGUUUUUAAGUAAUGAGCGUCCAUCCCAUCCCACAAUGAGACACUUCAUCUACUCACUGCUGAGAGACCCGGGCAUGGGGACACGCUGCAUGAAGGACCAGCCGCUGGAGAAAUUGCCAUGUGGGAACAUAACGACGGAUUGGGAAGUUCCACCAGUUUCCCCGGUUAUCAGUAAUAUUUUACUGAGCCCUGAGUGGACCGAGCAAAACCCCUCCCCUUCCUGUCAAUGCAGCACUAAUCAGAAGCUCACAAUGCUACCGGUGUGUCCAAUCGGAGCAGGAGGGCUUCCCCCACGCCAGAGGAAGGAAGCGACAGGGGACAUUCUGCUGGACCUGACGGAUAGGAACAUAACGGAUUACCUGGUGAAGACGUAUCCCAGCCUCAUCAAGACCAGUUUGAAGAGUAAAUACUGGGUGAAUGAGCAGAGGUAUGGCGGUCUGUCUGUGGGAGGGAGACUUCCUGUUCUGGAGGUGGAUCCUGUGAGCAUUCAGAAUGUCCUGUAUCAGCUCGGAAAUAUGAUGAACAUCACCGCGGGUCCCUACUCCAGGAUGGCUGUUCAAGAAAUCGGACCUUUUUUGCGGCACAUGGAGACUGAAUAUAACGUAAAGGUGUGGUUUAAUAAUAAAGGAUGGCACGCCAUGGUGGCCUUCAUGAACGUAGCGAGCAACGCCAUCCUGCGAGCGAACCUUCCGUUUCACGCUGAACCGUCGGAGUUCGGCAUCACCACCAUCAAUCAUCCUCUCAAUCUCACCAAGGAGCAGCUCUCUGACAUCACAAUCUUGACUACAUCUGUGGAUGCCGUCGUGGCCAUCUGCGUGAUCUUCGCCAUGUCCUUCGUCCCGGCGAGUUUCGUCCUCUACCUCAUCCAGGAACGAGUAACAAAGGCCAAACACCUGCAGUUUGUUAGUGGCGUCAGUCCUUUCGUUUACUGGAUCACCAGCUUCUUUUGGGACAUGGUGAAUUAUUCCAUCAGCACAGCCAUGGUGGUGUCCAUCUUCAUUGCUUUCGACAAGAAAUGCUACACGUCUCCCACCAACCUGCCAGCGCUCAUCACCCUGCUGAGCUUAUACGGGUGGUCCGUGACGCCGAUGAUGUACCCGAUGUCGUAUGUGUUCAGCGUUCCCAGCACCGCCUACGUCUCUCUGUCCUGCAUUAACCUGUUUAUCGGCAUUAACAGCAGCGCCAUCACCUUCAUCCUCGAGCUCUUUGAAAACAACAGGUCUCUGCUCGUGUUUAAUGAGGGAUUGAAGAAAGUGCUGCUGAUUUUCCCUCAUUUCUGUUUGGGACGAGGCCUGAUAGAUUUGGCCAUGAACCAGGCGGUGACGGACGUUUACGCUCGAUUCGGGGAGGAGUUUGUUGUGGACCCCUUCAGAUGGGACUUUGUGGGGAAAUACAUGGUGUGUAUGGCACUGGAGGGCUUCAUCUACUUCAUCUUCACUCUCCUCAUUCAGUACAGAUUCUUCCUGGAUCACUGGUUAUGUGACUACAGUCAGAUCCUGGUUCCUGAGGAAGAUGAUGAUGUUGCUCAGGAGAGACAGAGGAUCUACAACAGGACACGAAGUAACGACAUCCUGCACAUCCGAGAUCUCACAAAGGUGUACGUGGGGAGGAAGAGACCAACAGUGGAUCGGAUCUGCGUGGGUGUUCCACCUGGAGAGUGUUUCGGGCUGCUUGGUGUGAACGGUGCUGGAAAAACCACCACCUUUAAAAUGCUGACUGGAGACACAGAUGUGACCUCUGGUGAGGCCUCGGUCGCUGGAUACAGUAUUCUGACUAACAUCCUGGACGUGCAUCAGAACAUGGGCUACUGUCCUCAGUUUGACGCAGUAGAUGAACUGCUGACGGGCCGAGAACACCUGUACCUGUACGCUCGCCUCCGAGGAGUGCCUGAAUCUGAGAUCAGCCGAGUGGCACAGUGGUGCAUCAAUAAAAUCGGCCUGUCAGAGUAUGCAGGCGUCUGUGCUGGGACUUACAGUGGAGGGAACAAGAGGAAACUGUCCACUGCCAUCGCCAUGAUCGGCUGUCCUCCACUACUGCUGCUGGAUGAACCCACCAGUGGAAUGGAUCCUCACUCACGGCGCUUUCUGUGGAACGCCAUCAUGAGUGUCAUCCGAGACGGCAGAGCUGUAAUUCUAACAUCGCACAGUAUGGAGGAGUGUGAGGCGUUGUGCACACGUUUGGCCAUCAUGGUUAAUGGAACUUUUAAAUGUCUGGGCACAAUCCAGCAUCUCAAAUACAAGUUCGGUGAUGGUUAUGUAGUGACGAUGAAGAUCAGAGCAGCUCAGCCUGGUUCAUCUCCUGACCUGGGUUCUGCUGAAGCCUUCAUGGAGAGCAACUUCCCGAGAUGUGUGCAGCGAGAGAAACACUACAACACCCUGCAGUAUGAGAUCACGGCCUCCUCACUCGCACGCAUCUUCCAGCUGGUGGCAGAACAUAAACUCAAACUCAACAUCGAGGACUACUCUGUAUCUCAGACCACUCUGGACCAGGUGUUUGUGAAUUUUGCGAAGCAGCAGUCGGGUGAGGAUGAUGAUGAUACCAUUCUUCAUCCCAGAGCAGCUCAAGUGAAACGAGAAGCAAAAAUCUCACCGUCUUCCAACAAAUAACCACAUCACACACACACACACACACACACACACACACACACACACACACACACACACACAUUCAUGUGUAUGUCACCCUCUGCCCUGCCCCUCCCCCCACACCACCACGUUUACAUGUUUCUGUAAAUGUUUUAUUUUUUUGCUUUUUUGUCUGUUUGUGCUAUACUACUGAAGCUGUGCCUGUUUAAUUAUAACUGCUGAAACACACGCAAGUACCUAUACACACACACACACACACACACACACACACACACACACACACACACACACACACACACACACACACACACACACACACACACACACACACACACACACACACACACACACACACACACACACACACACACACACACACAUUGCUGCAGCACUUUAGUCAAAAUAAAGCCCUUAUUAUUAUGUAUAA